CAGCCAGGGCAACCGGGGCGGCUCGGCAGGGAUCAGCGAGGCUGGGUCAGCCUGCGAGCGCUCCAUCUGCUUCAACUGCGGCACAGACUACACGCCGCUAUGGAGACGCGACGCGGAGGGCCAUGUCACGUGCAAUGCCUGUGGGCUGUACUACAAGCUGCACGGCAAGCACCGUCCCAUCUCGAUGAAGCGCAGCUCCAUCAAGCGCCGUCGCCGCGGAAUCCCGCAGCUCCACGGCAAGCAGAAUGGCGAGUCCAUGCCAGCCAGUAGGAGCUCCAGCCCAGCCACUUCCCUCGCCACAUCCCCGCCACCACCGCCACCACCGCCAGCCACAUCUUCGCCAACCGCCAGCUACGGCCAGGAUAAUGGUGGAGACUGAGCGGGAGGCCAGGGACAACACUAUGCACAACAGGCUGUGGUCUCCGCUGCCCAACAACCCUAGUAGGUUGGUGCCUGCCAUGCCCGCACCAUCUAGUGCAUCUCUCGUGCCAGCAGCGCCUGCAAGCGCACCUCCACUGCCGCCGCCGCCAGCCAGUGUCCCUAUGCGGCAGUCGCCUUCCUUUUCUGGCAGCAGUACCAGCAACAGCGGCGGGCUGCAGUCGUUGAUGGAGGCCGCCGAGAUUAGUCCGCCGCUCAAGGCCAUCAAGCAUCACGACCCGCAGCCAGCACCAUUGCUGCCUGCUGACCAGCAGUCAAUGCAGCUCGUUCGCGAGGAGCUCCAGCGUGAGUGUGCGCGUCUGAAGGCGCUGCUCGACCGGUCCACAUCCCUGCUCGAGUCCAUGGACCGCAGUGCUGGGUCAGCGCAACCGCCAGCGCAGCCGUCUGCCUGCCCAGCAGGCUGCGCGACCAGCAGCAGAGCUGAUCAGUAUAGGCUUGUUUAUUGCGCAGAUGAUUCCCAAAUAUUAAAAAUCGCUGUCUCUACCAUUUUUGACGUUCGCAGUCGCCUCCGUUUCGGGCAAAUACAUGCAGAAGGAGAUCAGUGCGGAGACGGUGUCUUUAGGACCUCAAAUGGCAUUCGUGACCGCAACAUGGCCAUGUGCCAG